CAGUUCAUUUGACGUUUAAUAGUUUCGACACUUUGCGUUGUACUUUAAAGCGAUAUUCCUUAAAAAGCAAAACAAAAAAUGGACAGCCCUCAAGGACGCCCCGCCAAAGUGGUUUGCUUUGGCCAUUUCAUAUCUUUUCUUCUAGUCGCGGCAUUUUUCUACUAUCUACUGUCGGACAACUCCGUGAAGAAUACGGGAUUCACUGGGCUACGUGACACAGUGAAUGAGCUGUCGAUUAAGAUGCAGGGCGCCCCAGCUGGCACUGAGAGUUCCAAGGGGGCACCUGGAGCACCUGGCAGUCCACAGUACGAUCAGAAAGCACCCGGCGCUGAGCUAACCAGAAUUGAUUCCGAUGUGAAACGUAAGGUUGACAGCCUCAUAGCCGAUGUGAAUCAGCUAAAGCUGGAUUGCAACAAGAAGAAUGCAAUGCAACAGCAAAAUGCAAUCCCAAAUGCAAAUCUGGGAGCAAUUCCAAAUGUAGUCCAAAAUCCAAGUGCAAUGCAAAAUCCAAACUAUGUCCAAAAUCCAAACUAUGUCCAAAAUCCAGAUGCAAUCAAAAAUGAAUAUGUAACCCAAGGUCCGAAUGCAAUCAAAAAUGAAAAUGGAAUCCAAGAUCCAAAGGGAAUCAAAAAUGAAAAUGGAAUCCAAGAUCCAAAGGGAAUCAAAAAUGAAAAUGGAAUCCAAGGUCCAAAUGAAUAUAAUCAGUAUGGAAUUCAAGCUCCGACUUUAAACCAAGGUCCAAAUUCAAUUCCAUAUCCAAAUGCAAUGACUAAUCCAUACUCAAGCUUCGAUCAAAGCCCGAAUCAAUAUCCAAAUUCCAACCCUGAUCCGUAUUCCGGCGAAUAUUCGAAUGAACAAUACUCAAGUCAGCAGCCCAACUAUAACCGUUUAAACUUCGCCUCGGAUGAGCUGGGGGCCAGAGUUGUCGUGGUCACGGCACACCCCAUUGGCAGCGGCACUGUCAUGAAGCGCCUUCUGGGCCUAGACUUCAGUGUCAAUCCGCCUGUGAACAUGCUGCGGGCGAGUCUAGCUCCCGGCGCCUGUUUUGGAUACCGUGGAAAUCGUUCUACAGUGACCAUUCAACUGGCCCAGACCAUCAUCGUUGAGACGAUUACCCUGACCCACGCGCCCAAGGAUAUGACGCCCAGCUUGAGUGCGAAUGCACCUAAAGACUUUGAGGUUUUCGGCAUAAAAUCGGGUUUCUCCAAGCGAGACCUAUUGGGCCAAUUCACCUACACUAAUGACGCCAACAGACGCACUGAGCAUUACAGUGUAGAUAAUCAGGACCAUUUUCGUAGACUAGUUUUCCACUUUUACUCAAAUCAUGGCGGCGAGUUUACUUGCAUUUAUCGAGUGGAGGUCUUUGGAAGAAUGCCCAAUCCGGACUCUCCAGGCAGUGCACAGGGAGAUGAUCGCAAAAAAGGACAUGACUGUGGAAAAAAACGUUGCGGACAUGGUGAGAAAUGCGGAGAAGCUGGCUGCGUAAAGGGAAUGGUGGGCGGAACAGGGGAUGGUAGCGGAGAAGAAGAUGAUGGUGGGCAAGGAGAUUUCAGCGGACAAGAAGAUAUUAGUGCACCAAAGGAUGUGAGCGGUCAAGGAGAUGUCAUCGGGCCAGAAGACUCCAGCGGACCAGAAGAUGCCAGCGGGCCAGAAGAUGCCAGCGGGCCAGAAGAUGUUCGCGGACACGGCGAUGCCAGUGGAGAGAAAGAUGUCCCCGGAAAAGAAGAUGUCAGUGGAAAAAAAGAGGCCUGCGGACUAGAUGGCGUAGCUUGCAACAAGCCUGGCUGCAAAGCAUGCCGCAAUGAACUUUAAUACUGCUACCCUGCCUCAGAUCCCAGCUACAAUUCCAUUUGUAUUUUCUGAUGGAGUAGAGAACGAGAACACAUUUUAGAUAUAAAAAACUUUUAUUUUUCUUACACACAGAAGCUAAUGUUCUUUAAGAUUGAAGUUUUUAAAAUUUAAUUAUAUUCCAG